GGAUGGUAUACUGGAGUUUACAUGUACAUGUGAUAUACCCUACUCUGGCUAUAGGUGUCUUGCAGUGGACGGUGGCUGGUGUGAUUGGGUAGAGGCCAACUCUUGUGACGCAUGUUCAUCUAACCCUGUUGAUGAGGUGUUUAUACGUCUCUGCAAUUGUCCCCAGCAAAAGAAUGGGGGAGUACCCUGUCAGGGCGAGGCAUUGAAAUUCGAACCUUGCAGUAAAACAUGUGACCCAUGUCUUCGCAACCCUUGCUUAAAUGGAGGCACAUGUUUCGAGGCUAAGAGAGGAGGCUAUACAUGUAAUUGCCUUAGCGAAUGGGAUGGCAAGAACUGUGAACUUGACUUCAAUGACUGUGC